UGUUUUCUUGUGCAGUCGCGAAUGGUUUUGUUUAAUAAAACGCUCGCAGAAGCGCUUUUCGUCAAUUUCCUACCGCUUUCCCCUGACAGGUCGCGCCACAUAACCCCACCUUCUCUCCAUCACACCUUCCCAAACCAAAACCCUAUUCUUUUCUUUCCCUCAGAUUUGUUUCUCGGUCGGAGGUUAUGGCUUCCGAGAGCGAUUCCAGAUCCAGUUCCGCGGCCGAUUCGUAUGUUGGAAGCUUGAUUAGCUUGACUUCCAAGAGCGAGAUUAGAUACGAAGGCGUUCUUUACAACAUCAACACCGAAGAGUCUAGUAUCGGACUUAGAAAUGUACGGUCAUUUGGAACGGAAGGGAGAAAGAAGGAUGGGCCACAAGUCCCACCAAGUGACCAAGUUUUUGAAUACAUCUUGUUUCGUGGAAGUGAUAUCAAGGAUCUACAGGUAAAAUCUUCCCCGCCUGUUCAGACUACAUCCUUGAUAAACAAUGAUCCAGCUAUUAUUCAGUCUCACUAUCCUCGUCCAGUAUCGAUUCCUUCGAGCCUGCCUCCUCCUGUUAGUGGGCCUUUGCCUGAUAUUAAUUCUCAGGCCAUGCCAAUGGGAAUUCCUGGAUCUAAUUUCCAGAGUGGGUUGCCUUUAUAUCAACCAGGAGGAAAUGUGGGGUCUUGGGGAGCUUCUCCUUCGCAACCUCCUCCAAAUCCAAGUGCUGGUGGACUUGGUUUGCCAAUGUACUGGCAAGGGUAUUAUGGCCACCCUAAUGGACUUCCUCACAUGCAUCAGCAAUCGUUACUUCGUCCACCACCUGGCCUGUCGUUGCCUUCUUCCUUGCAGCAGCCACUGCAAUAUCCUAAUCUUAAUGCUUAUUUACCCACUGGGGCACCAAAUCCAUUAGAAGUUUCAUCUUCUUUAUUCUCUGCUAAUCCUACCGCUCCUAGUUUAUCAUCCACAGCAAUGCCACCAGUUACUGUAUCUUCAACACUUCCAUCUGUGCUGUCUGUUCCACAGACGUCUGAGAUGUCAUCAAGCUCAAUGGUCAACAAGACAAUAAAUUCUGCUCUUCCUCAAGCUCCCAUAAGUACCAAUUUGACAUCGCUAUCUCCUUUGACUGCAAGUUUAGAUGUCAGUCCUGUUGUGCCUCCAACUACUAACAAAACUACUACAGUUUCUGGUCCAGCAUUGUCUUAUCAAACUGUCUCUCAGUCUACAUCCUCUAUUAUUGGAACAUCGAAUUCUGUUCUCACAAGUGCGCCUGCACCUGCCCUUGUGACUCCAGACCAGCUGUUACAUACUACUGUAGUCUCUUCAUCUCUGCCUUCGCAAACAGUUCAGAAGGAUGUGGAAGUGAUUCAAGCAUCUUCCUCACUAGCAGCGGAACAAACUGUUCCAGUUCCAGCAGAUACUCAGCCACCGUUAUUACCAUUACCAACGUCUUCACGAGUUGUUCAAAAGCCAAACGGUUCAACUUCACAAACUCGGCACAUAUACAGGGGACGUGGUAGAGGAAGACGAUUUGGGAACCAACAUCCAACAGAGAAAUUCACAGAAGAUUUUGACUUCAUGGCAAUGAAUGAGAAAUUUAACAAGGAUGAAGUCUGGGGUCAUCUUGGCAAGAAUACCAAAUCUCCAAAAUACAACGACGGGGAUGAAAAAUUCAGUGAUGAAGACGACGACUAUGAAGAAGAUGACGGUGAAUCAUCGAAGUUAGGGAUCAAGUCUGUGUACAAUAAGGACGACUUUUUUGAUACUCUCUCAAGCAACACGACUAACAAUGAAGCUCAGAACGGUAGGAGGACGAGAUACUUUGAACAAAUCAAGUUGGACACUGAGACAUUUGGUGAGUUUGCAAGAUACCGAGGUGGUCGUGGUGGUUUUGGUUCUGGACGCGGUGGUCGUCGUGGUGGUUAUUAUGGGAGGGGAUAUGGCCAUGGUGGAAGGGGUCGAGGGCGAGGUAUGCAUAACUAUAAUCCAUAGGCGACCCUGAUUAUGCUCGACUGUUGUAUACAAAUAUGAGCUGCUAAUAUCUCAAAGAUCUGCUAUAAUUUUCGUUGGAGUUUUAUACUGUUGUGCAGAAAAUAAAUAGUAGAAUAUGUGAUAUUCCUUGUUAUAAAGGUGCAGACAUAGUUGUAAGAAAGCAUUUGGUGUUGUAGGCUCUGUCGAUUCACAAAAUGUACUAAAGGUGUUCUAGUUAUUCAACUCAUCCUCUUGAUGUUUUUCUCUAUUGUAAUUAACUGUCAACCUGUGCGUCUUGUUACUUGGCUCUUGUUUGACGCCUUGUUGGUGAAAUCAUUAUGUAUCAUUUUAUAUUUUAUAAACUUUGGUGCUUUAUUG